AUGGCGUCCCUCUCGAACCGCUGCAGCGAAAGUAAGAGCCCCUACGUUCGCGCCCACAAGGACAAUCCAACCGCCUGGCAAUUAUGGACGCCCGAGACCCUCGACCUUGCAAAGCGUCACAACAAACUGCUCUUCGUGAGCAUCGGAUAUAGUGCCUGUCACUGGUGCCAUGUCAUGGCGCACGAGAGCUUUGACAACCCCGGAAUCGCUCUCCUGCUCAAUGAGAAAUUCAUACCUGUGAAGAUCGAUCGGGAAGAACGUCCUGAUAUCGACAGGCAGUACAUGGACUUUGUAACGGCGACCACUGGUCAUGGCGGGUGGCCCUUGAACGUCUUUGUUACCCCAGACCUGGAACCAAUCUUCGGAGGGACGUAUUGGCCUGGACCUGGGGCUGACGAUAUCGGAAGUAUGAACUUUGAAGAUGUCUUGAUUAUGGUGGGCAGGAUGUGGGCAGAGAACGAGGCCAAGGUGAGGGACAGUGGGAAGCAGAUCACCGAAGCCCUGCGGAGGUUUGCGAACCAGUCGAAGGCCGAGGAGGAUGAACAAGACGACAAUGACGCGAGCUUGGAGCUCCUCACCCAGUCGUAUCAGCACUACAAGGCGCAAUUCGACAAGAUCCACGGUGGCUUCGACCAUGCACCAAAGUUUCCUACCCCUGGAAACCUGACACAUCUCAUUCGCCUGGGAGCGUAUGGCAAAGAAAUAAAAGACGCCUUGGGUGAAGAUGCAUGCACUGAUGCCAAGGACAUGGUGUCUCACACCCUGCGGCGCAUGGCAAUGGGAGGUAUCAAGGACCAAGUUGGCAAUGGCUUUGCUCGCUACUCAGUCACCGAAGACUGGUCGCUUCCUCACUUCGAGAAGAUGCUUUAUGAUAAUUCCCAACUGCUGCCCCUCUACCUCGACGCCUUCUUGUCGAACGGCGAGGACAUCUUUUUUGAUACCGUCCACGAUAUUGCGAAAUAUCUUACCAGUCCUCCCAUAAACUCAGAGCAAGGGGGCAUUCAUGCGAGCGAAGACGCGGAUUCGGCACCUUCGACAGCUGAGCAGCAGAAAAAGGAAGGCGCCUUUUACGUUUGGGAUUAUGACGAACUGGACGCUCUGCUGGAGAAGGAUGAGUUACUGCUCUGUGCGCAAUACUGGAAUAUUAAACCCAAUGGAAAUGUCGACAGCCAGCACGAUAUUCAGGGUGAGUUGACAGGCAUGAACACGUUGUGUGUACAAAUGAGCACAGAGGACCUGGCCAAAUCUGUCAGCAAGACCACGGAGCAAGUCGAGGAGGUUAUAAACCGGGUGCGUGCAAAAAUGCUCAAAUACCGCACUGAGCACCGACCCCGUCCCGCACUGGACGACAAGAUCGUUACAGCAUGGAACGGCAUGGCGAUAGGGGGCCUUGCACGAACCAGCGCAGCGCUCGGAGCCGCCGGGAAAGCCGACGAUGCAAAGACCUACCUUGGCGCGGCCGAAAAAGCGGCGAGCUUCAUCCGCGAGCACCUCUUCAGCCCAGCGACCAACACGCUGCGGCGUGUGUACCGCGAAGGUCCCGGUGAUACCCCGGGUUUCGCGGACGACUACGCAUACCUGAUAUCGGGCCUGAUCGACCUGUACGAGGCGACAUUCGACGACGCACACCUCGAGUGGGCCGAUGCGCUCCAGCAGACGCAGGUCCGGCUGUUCUGGGACACUGAGGGCUAUGGCUUCUUCUCCACCCCCGCAGACCAAUCCGACAUCCUGGUGCGCUCCAAGGACGCUGCGGACAACGCGGAGCCGGGUACCAACGGCGUGAGCGCCGGGAACCUCCUCAGGCUGGGCUCAUUGCUUGAUGAUGCAGCGUACGGGGAGAUGGGCAGGCAGACGAUCGCCGCAUUUGGGCCGGAUAUGCGGAAACAGCCUGCUGCGUACUCGGGUCUGUUGGGUGCCGCCGCCGCGGCUCGUGUGGGGCUGAAGGGUGUGGUGCUGGCCGGGGAGGGCGAGGUUGUCAGUGCGGCUAUCAAGAGGUUACAUGGGACUGUGAGGCCCGGUUGGACGGUGCUGCGUGUUGGCGGUAGUGCAAAGUGUGAGUGGUUGAAGAGCAGGAAUCAGCUGUUGAAGGACUUGGAUGUGACAAAGGAGGUGGUACAGCUCUGCGAAGGCAAGACCUGCCGCAUCCUGAGUGCCGAAGAGGUUAAUACCAUGGCAUCGUGA